CGGUAUAAACAGAUAAUGUCUUCAGACUUACAAUAACUCUGCUUGAUUAUAUAGUUUCAGCUUUUAAACAAAAUAUUCAAUUUAAUUCAAGAACCAUCAAAGUGACACCAAUUAAGUCAUAAUGUUCUCAAACAAAACGACCUUUGACUAUACUACAAAAAUAUGGUCAGGAGCUGAAAAGAAAACUGAUAUUCCAGAAAAAUGGUCUUGUUUGGGGGAGGCUAUUUUUGAAAAUAUGAAAAACAAUCCGGAAAAUAUUUUACAGAUCUCAGAUACAGAUGGAAUAAGUUUAACAAACAAAGAAAUGCUCACAAUGAGUAUUCGAAUUGCUCAAAAUUUAAAAAUAGCUGAUGGAUCUAUUAUAGGCAUUAUGGCUACAAGUUCGACUUAUCAAGCCUCCGUUCUUAUAGCAUCAUGGUUAAAAGGAAUUAUUUUUCAUCCAAUUAGUACAAAUUUUGAUCAAAAAACCACUCAACAUGUUUUUGGAAUUUCCAGACCGGCAGUAAUUUUUUGCGAUGCAAAUAAUUAUGAAACACUUAUGGCUGCUUGCGAUGAUAUUAAUCUACAUCCAAAGGUCUAUACGAUAAAAGGUCGAGUUAAGGGUGUCGAUUGUUUGCAUGAUCUUAUGGAACCCACAGGAGAAGAAGAUGAUUUUCGACCAAAAAAAUGCAACCCAGAUGACACAACUGUGAUAAUGGGAUCAUCAGGCACAACUGGACUACCCAAGGGAGUUUGUAUUUCCAAUAAAUCUCUCCGAAAAAUGAUUACGUUUUCUAGUACAUUACCAAAUGGUGCAGUAGUUUUUGCAUGUUGCAAUGUUGACUGGAUAACUGGUAUGAUAUUCCUCUUAUUCAGUACAUUGUGUUGUGUGACAAAAAUCUGCACCGAAGAAGAAUUCUCUCCACAAUUGUUACGAAAACUCAUUGAAAAGUACAAAAUCAACGUCGUUAUGAUGUCGGGAUCAUGCAUGUCAAGAUUCAUCAAAAGUGGUGAGGCUGAACUUUGUGACUGUUCCAGUUUGAUAUUAUUUGCAGUUGGUGGAGGUAAUGUCUCUCAUCCGAUGUACCUUAAAAUGCAAGAGUACGUUAGCCAUGGUGUUGUCUUAAAUACCUACGGUGGAACUGAAUUUGGAGGAGUAACUGUGGGUUUGAAUCUUGAGAAACCAAAAAAUGUCGGUCAACUCAAUCCAGAAGUAAAAGUAAGAAUUGUUGAUGAGGACGGUAACAAUUUGGGUAUUGGAGAAGUUGGAGAUAUUCUAGUGAAGAACAAUAAUCCUUGGAAAGGAUAUUAUGGAAACCCAAAAGAAACACAAAAUAUGAUUGAUCCCGAAGGUUGGUUUCACACAGGUGAUGUUGGAUUAUUUGACGAAGAUGGUGAUUUGUUUCUGGUCGAUAGGAAGAAGGAAAUCAUGAAAUACAGAGGUUUUCAUUAUUCAGCACAAGAAGUUGAAAAUUCCAUUUUAGGAUUAGGCGAUAUAGCAGAAGUUUGUGUUUUUGGAACUAGACAUGAUGAAUUUGAAGAUCUUGCAACGGCGGCAAUUAUAAGGAAAACUGGAAGUAGUUUAACAGAAAAUGAGAUUAAAGACCAUGUUGCAAAAGAACUAUCACAACAAAUGUGGUUGCAUGGAGGAGUAUAUUUUGUGGAGAAUAUUCCCAAAACAGCUAGUGGAAAAUAUCAAAGAAGUAAGAUCAGAGAUUUAUGUUUGGGAAAUGGAAUUAAAUAAAAUACAAAUUCAAAACAAA